AUGAGUGGGGCAGACGAGCUGUUUGAGGCCAUUGAAGCUGGCGAUGAGGAGGGGGUGGAGGAGGCCAUCGACGACCAUGGCCUCAAUGUCAACACACUGCUGGAUCCGCUAGCCAACACUCCGCUACAUGCUGCUGUACGGGCGGGGUCCGAAUCGGUUAUAUCGCUGUUGCUCGAGACGUAUCGCGCUGAUGUCACUGUUCGCAAUCCGGUCACUCUCGAGACCGCUCUGCAUGUGGCGGCUCAGUCGGGCGAUGUGCGUGCUGCCAUGACCUUGUUGGGCACGCGCGGUGCGGACUCGGUGCUGGAUGCUCGUGAUGAGUACGGUGCGACGGCGUUGCACUAUGCUGCGCGUCUGCUGCAUGCUGAUCUCGUGGAGCUGCUCCUCGACGCCGGCGCUGCGCCCAACAUCCGCGAUGAGGACGAGGCCACUCCGCUUUCGCUGGCCCGCGCCUCGGCAGCAAGCGCCCGCCGGAGAGACGAGGCCGAGGCUGCGCUGGCGCUCAUCGAAGAGGCCAUUGCGCUUGAGGGUGGAGAGGUGUCGGACGAUCCGCCGCCGGCCCCUGAGCCUACCGCCCGUAUCACGCCGCCGCCCGCGGUUGAUCUUGACCCGAGACCCACGCCUGAGCUCGCGCCCACUCGUGGUGGCGACAACGAGCUGUUUGCAUUUGUGAAGACGGCUGAUGUCAACGAGAAUGCGUCGGAGCAGGCACUUAUGCAGCAGCUGGACUCGGUCUCCGAGCUGAAGGGCGAGCUGGCCAUGUUUGCGCAAGUCCUUGCCACCGUCUCGCCCGAGUUUCGGGUCGACGACUUUAACGCGCUCCCAAUUGUCAUCGACAUCAUCAAGAACCAAGACGCCGAGCGGUAUGCCAAGCUCGAGUCGUGGGAUGCCAUGUUUGACAAGAUCAUGAGCAUUGUGGUCAAGCGAUACGACGAGCCGCUCAACACCUCGAUUGCCAACUUUGGCAAGGUUGCGUCGUCGGUGGCGACGGCGCAGGACUCGGUGGUGGCGCUCAAGGACUCGCUGCAGUCGAUGAAGUCGCUCCUCGCCCUCCGCACGCGCAAUGUCAAGCGACUCUAUGCAUCGACGCUGCAGCACAAGGAGGAGCUCCGCAUUCUUAAGCUCGUCCAGGCCAUGGUGGCAGUGCCGGCCACGCUUGACGCGCACAUUGCCGCGGGUGAGUACCGCGCUGCGGUGCGGACGCUCAACGCGGCCAUCGCCGACAUGUGCUCUGAGGACUUGCAGAACGUCGGGGCGCUCAACGAGGUCAUGCGCACGCUCUUUGACAAGCGGACCGAGUACUACACGCUGCUUACAGGUGAGCUCAUCGACGUGCUCUACCUGCACUCGGUCCCCAUGGCAGCUGGCAGUGACGAUGCCGAGCCUGCCGAGCGCAUGGCCGAUCUUGUGGGCGCACUUGCCGAGCUCGAGUCGCUGUCGAGCGCGCUCAAGCUCCUCGGCUCGACGCUGCAUGGCGAGCUCAAGCGGAUUGUGGGUGCAGGCGUGGUCGAAGUGGCCAAGGUGUGUGGCGGAAGCAGGUGCGAGUCGAGCAGUGACGCUCCGGGAACAGUGCUGGAGGCCGGCGGAGUGUUUGCGACUCGAAUCCCGCUGCAGGUGCUUAUUGGCAUGAUAGCCCGACGGUUCCGGACGCUGCUGGCGAGGUUCGACUUUCUUCUCCACGCGCUCGAGGAGGCGCUGGUCCGCGGCUGGCUGGUCCGGGCCGAGGGCGAGGCUUCGCUAGUCCGGCCGGUUGCAGUUGCCACGGUCGAUGCCGAGACUACUGUGGUCAAGCUCGACGUGCUCACCUCGGCCAUUCCGGGCUACUCGGCUCUUUUUACGCUCAGCGACGUGUGGGCGGCGAUGCAGCUCGAGCUCGAGCUCCUGCUCUGUGACUACCUCGGGCUGCCCAAGUCGGCCAUCAAGCUGCUCGACGCACAAGUGUCGGGUGACAGUGACGACGGUGAUGAUGGCGGUGGCAAGGCGGUCCGCAGCGCGGAACGGGCCGCGACUGUCGCGGCCCGCGGCUCGGGAUGGCUCCGCCGCCGUCGCCAGUCGCUGGCGCCGGGUUUGCUGGCGGCCGACAAGGAACUGUUCAAGUUUGAAAGCACCCUGUACGACGACGGAACUGGCAGCAGCGAGGCCAGGGCCGGGCCAGAGCUCCUUGUAGCACCAUCGGCGUACAACGUGGUCGGGAUGUACGUUCCGGUGAUGGAGCUGCUGGAAGCUUGUUGCACCGAGUCGGGGCUCUCGGAGCUUGGCAACGGCGCCGCUCCUGCGCCCCGCAGCGAGAGCUCGCACGUCUAUGUGCUCGAACUGAGCUCAGUGCCAGAGGCGAUGCAGGCAGCAGUGGUGCGGGCGGACGACGACGUGGAGCAGCUCACCGCGGCGGGAAUGCUGGACGGAUGUGUCAAGCUCCACACGAUGUGGCGGGCAGGUCAGUCCACAAGCGCUGGCGGCGAGGCGAGUGGUGCGGCGAGCAGCGGAGGCAAAUUGCUGAGCGGUCUUGCCAUGCCGGGCAGCCGGGCGGCACAGAGUCACAUGUUUCAGUUUCUCUACCACUUUGUUGAGAACGAGAUGCUCGAGCGUGUGGCAGCUGACUACGAGGCGCGGGCAUGUGCGGUGAUGGACGGACCAGACGCGUUCACGCCGCGGGGACGCGAGCCACGGCCGCGGUACGAUCGGUCAUCGCCGCGGCGGCCGCUACUUGUGUCGAGCCUCGGGGUGCAUGCGCUGCUGCUGGAGCUCAAUCAGAUUGCGAUGGCGCUGCCGCAUCAUGCUGGACGAGUGGCACAGAUCAUGGAGAGCAUCGUGCUGCAGUACUGGGAGCGUUGUCAGAUCCGGUUUGCCGAGACAGUGUCGGAGACGGCGGUGGAAGAGCUUCUGUGUAUGCGUGAGCUCGUGGCGCACUUGACGGCCGAUCCGGGGUGGCGGCGCGUGCAAGCGCAGAGUGUGGCGGUGCACGGUGCGUCUGGGGCGUGGGACGAUCGGUUGGGCCGGACGGUGUGGGUCGACGCAGGGCUGCGGCUGGCCGAUGCCGGGUGGCUAGUGGCCGACCCGCAGCGGCCACGAGGCGCGGCGAGCGAUGCAGGACAGGCGCGCGCUGGCGAGCGGGCCAAGAGUUCGCGCGCGUUUGUGCAGGAAGAGCUCGCGCUGAUGGACCGCCUGCUUGAAAGUCCGCCGGGUAAGGCAGCUCUGCUAGGCGGCGAAGGCGUCAUCCCACUCCUCGCGGCGCUCUGUGACUCGACCGAAUGGCUGGCGGGACGAAUCGAUGCGCUCGGAUACGGGGCCGGCUCUGCAGCUGUGGAGACGGCGUACGACCCGCCGCACUCGGUCAUGCUCUGCUCUAUGCAUGCGCGCGCAAGUGAGGUCGAGGAGCGCAGCGUGCGGCGGCGCGGAGCGUCGCGGCUGGCGGGAGUGACACGGCCGCUGCGGGCAUGGCUUUGCAGAGAGAUGCCGAACGCCGCAGGUGGCGGCGCGGGACGGUCGGGAGUGGUGUCGCGCGACCGGGAGGCGCGGUGCUGUUCGCGGGCUGGGCUGGCGGUUGCACUGGCGGGAGCAGCACAUCUUGUGCGUUCGCAGGCGUUGGCAACUAACCUUGCGGCGCUCUCUGACAAGCUGCGGGCGCUCUCGGAAAAGGUUGUGUUUGCGCUUCGGCUAGAGGUCCGUGUCCGGUGCUACCACCACCUGCAGUCGAUCCGUGAGGUGCGGUACGAGGAGGCGUCGCUGGCCACGCAGCCUGACGCGUUUGUGGUAGAGCUGAACAAGGAGCUGACGGCGAUGGCGACCGAGCUGGCGGCGUACAUGUCGGUGAGCAAGGUGAGCUACGUGUUUGGCGGAGUAGAGGCCGUCCAGGGUCGCAUUCUGGUCGGCUCGAUGGCGUUUGUGACGCAGGUCUCGACAGCCGGCAUCGGCAAGCUCGAGCGCAACGUGGUGGCACUGCAGCAGACACUCUCCUCGCUGGUGGCUGUGGACGAAGUUCACUACGAGCGAGCACGGUCGUACUUUGAGCUCCUCAAGCUCUCGAUCAAGAAGUUCCUGUCGACAGUCUCGGACGCGUCGCUCGACUUUAGCGCCGAGGACUUUCGCCAUGCGCUCCGCAUCAUCAGCGGCGGGAGAGUGGUCGAGAGCGCAGUGGAGAUCCUGGAGCGGUUGCUCCAGCAGCAAGCAUAGGCAGGUCGGUAGGCAUGUUGUAAAGCGGCUCCGCCACGGCA